AUGAUUGAUGAUUUCGAUUUUCGAACUCUGAUGGAUUUGAAUAUGAUUGAUGAUAAAGAAAUUGGAAGGAUUAGAGUGAAGGCGAGCCAGGAAAGCAUCCUGAACUUAUUGGGUGAAGACGAGGAAGCUUUCAAAAUUUCAGGGGCUCCUCUCCUCCGCUUCAUCUACUUCCCGGAUUUGACUUCCCAUCGAUCCGCUAGCAUCGAUUUAGGGAUUAUUGUUCCAGGAAAAGGAGAUUGUGGGUAUUUGGUUGGAAUGGACUGA